AUGGACAUACAUGAGCCAUGGCUGGUUAAUAAGGCAAGGGUGCUUGAAGCCGUAGCCCGCGAUGACCAGAUAAUCCAGUCGCGCAAAUGCCAGCGACCCCAGCCAAGAUUUCGUCCGUCCUGCGCUCCCCCGCCCUACCUGCCAUGUGUAACCCCGUUGAAUGGGCUUCGAAAGGCCAUGCUCCGCGAUCUCUUCCUCGAGAUUCAUCACCGAGGGGUCUAUGUUCUUGUCCGUACAAUCGAGGUAAUUGGUAAAGAGACUGCCGUCACGAUGCUUGUCGAGGAUGAGCAGAAGACCGCCUUUCAUCUGAGUAUUUACAACCAAGAGCCCGGGGCUUUACAUGAGACCCUUCGGCAAGGUACAGUUAUGAUUGUGAAAGAACCCUAUUUAAGGUCCAAGGCGACUGGAGAAUACGCCGUAUGUGUUGACCACCUCUCCGAUGUUAUCUAUCUGUAUAGAGGGGAUCAGCGAGUGCCAUCGCUCUGGCGAUUGGAAGUGUCACAGCAGUCGGAUACUGCGCCGCGAUGGGAACAAGUGGGCAAUGGGCUUUCCAAGAUGGGUAAGUACUAUAACGCCAUGGAGUGCUAUGUCAAUGGACUUCGUGUCUCGACAACCGAGAGUGAAGCCUGGUCCUUCAAACUCAACCUGGCACUGGCCCUCAUCCAAACCCAACAGUAUGAUGCGGCUAUUAAGCACCUUGAUUCCGUUCCUGAAUCGUUCCAAUUGGAGAAAGCUCUCUUUUGUGUAUAUCAAGCAUUGUACGGCCUGGAGAGAUAUGAAGAAUGCUACGAGGCCCUGAAAACCAUUCGGAUUCGGGGUCCCAGCACCGUCCAGGUGGAAAACGAGUUUACGAAGGUGACCAGUCGCCUUGCUGAGCAGCGGUACGGCAGGUACUCCUUCAAAGACCUGCAAAAAGAGGCAGAGAGCCAUGAUCCGCCCCUCCUGGACCGUGCCACCUACAUUGGCCCCGUGGCUGUCCGCGCCGCCGGCUCCCGAGGCCGCGGGUUAUUCACCACCAACGCAGUCAACGCCGGCGACCUGUUGUUCUGCGAAAAGGCGUUUGUCCAUUCCUCUGCUAACACCAGAGAUGUACAGCGCAGAAACGGGGUCCUGCUGCUGGCCAACUCGGAAAGAAACAAUGUGUGCAUGGGAGAACAGGCGUAUCUGAUUUCUCUCCUUGCCCAGAAACUGUAUCGCAAUCCCUCUCUGGCUCCGAUCAUCACAGGCCUCUACCACGGCUCGUACAUGACUGUCGAUGUUACUGAGAUAGAUGGCACGCCAGUCGUGGAUACGUUUCUGGCCGAACGGAUCAUCACUCUCAACGCCUUUGGCUGUCCACUGUCAUCCCGAAAGAAAUACCUCAGGGCUAUCGGCAUCGAAUCCGAUCCCCAAACCGGACCCUUUCCUUUCUGUGGGCUCUGGCCCACGGCAUCGUACAUUAACAACAAUUGCAACCCGAAUGCGUACCGCUCAUUUAUUGGAGACAUGAUGAUCGUCCGUGCCACAAAAAACCUGCCCCCCAACGCCGAAAUAACGUUCAACUAUUUCCCAACGAGCGACGAUAACUACGACGAGUGUCUGCAUCGAUUCGACUCCUGGAAAUUCCACUGUCAGUGCGCCAUCUGCACAGACGUCCAGGCCGCUGGAAAGGAUGCUGUGUCCAAGAGAAAGGCCCUGACAGAUGUCAUCAACCGGCUCUUCCGGUCGCCCGAGCGACUUGACGCAAACAGAGUCAAGAAUAUCAUCGUAUCGAUGGAAGCCACCUACCCUAGGCCUGCAUCGGAGGUGCCUCGCAUAAGCGUCUGGAACCCCCAGAUGGCGCUUGGAAGGUGGUACCGGGAUCGUAAGCGGCCGCUAGAGGCUCUAGACUGGAUGCUCAGAGCACUGGAGUCUUUUGGCUAUGUUUUCGAUGGGGACAUGGCGCGCUCGGGGCGAUCGCUUGUGGUCCAGCAAUGGGGCGUAAUGGAUCAAGCUCUCAUAGGAGCCUGGCUGUUUCUGGCCGAUGUCUAUCGUGAUAUCGGAUCGGAAGCAGCGGCGCAGGCUAUCGUUUACGCCAAAUUGUCUUACCAGAUGUGUAUUGGAGAGAGCGAAACCUUUGAUGGGAGAUUUGGGAGAUCGGCAGCGGCAGAAGCAGCAGCAGCGUGA